AUGACUUCCCGUCGGCUAUCGCCCCCGUUGGCGUCUCCAUCGUCCUCCCCGGGGAAGGGAAACUCGGCCCCACAGUCCACCGACCCAGCGUGCCCGGAAGCGUCAGAUCAGCGGCGAACGUCCGACGAGGCGUCACAGGAACCGGUUGCAUCCGACACGUCGCGGAAGGAAGGUAAGCCGAAGCAGAAGGCCAGCAGCAGAAGCGAGGAGCGUUCGCAGUAUGAGGCGAUGCUAAAGACUGUGCAGUGUGGAACCGGUCCGGCGGGCAAACAGGUGGAGCUCAAACGUGCAUCGCUAAGCCUCGGCCAGGUGUACAUUCUGCUCGGGGUGCUGCUGAUGGGAAUGUUUGUGCUCUCGGCCGGCCUGCUCGCGUACGUCGAUGGCCGCCUGCCACCGGUCGCCCCCGGCCAGCCAGCGCAACAGCUUCCGGUGCAGGUGGUGGCGGCCCCCUCGGCGGAUGAAUUGCGCCGCCAGGUGGAGUCGCUCGUGAGCGCCUACUGGAAGCAAAACAUCGAUAAACUCAGCGGGGAGCUGCUGGCGUACGUUAGACGGACCGUGCCAGAAUUUAGUACGUCAUUGCCUUACUUAGAAGCGAAUCAGAGAGUACAAAACGAACGCAAAAUGUCGUCCCGGGAGGGAUCGCCGGCCAGAGUGAAGCGCGAUCUGAACCCCUUCGACGAUAACCUUGUGCCGGAUCAGGAAGGUCCGAAUGUGGAGUUCUUCAACCCGAAGCUGCGGUCCGAGCUGGAGAAGAAGGACGGCGAGAUAAUGAAGAAGACGGGCCUGAAGGGGGCAGCCCCCGGAGGUGAUACCUGGGUUUGGCUGACGAGCUACUCUCGCAUUCCGUUCGAUGCCAUCACCGGCUUCUGCCGAGCGACGAAGGAAUACUGUCCACCGGGACCCCCCGGACUGCCCGGCAUCCCGGGUCCGAAGGGCAACCGGGGCGAUCCGGGCCUGCCAGGGCCGGCGGGGGUGGACGGGCGCGAAGGAAAGCCGGGUCCGCGGGGACCCAAGGGCGAGAUCGGCUACCCGGGCAACCUUGGGCUCGACGGGCGGGACGGAGUGCCGGGUGAGCCCGGUCUGGACGGUGUCCCGGGACGGGCGGGGGCCGACGGGAUUCCGGGCAAGGAUGGCAAGGACGGCAUUCCCGGUAUCGACGGACGCCACGGAAUCGAUGGCAAAGACGGACUACCGGGACCGAUGGGACCACCAGGGCCACCCGGGCUGCCUGGACCACGCGGAAUCCACGGCCCGAAGGGCAAACCGGGCCGGCCGGGUACGAACGGCACCCCGGGAACGCCCGGCAUCAACGCGUGGAAGGUGAAGGUGAACGAUACGUUCUCGAACGAGCUGCUCGUCCCGCCGUCCAUCGCCGGCUCCGGCACCGUCGAGGCCCUCCGCCCCAUCGUGGUGCACGAGGGGACACACCUGCGGCUACGAUGCGCCGCCACCGGGACACCCCGACCGCACGUCGAGUGGCGCCGGGCGGACGGGAAAACCAUUUCCAACGGUGCCUGGGAAGCGACAUCGAUGGCAGGCCACACGCUCAACAUCACCAAAAUCAAUCGAGUGCACAUGGGCGCGUACCAAUGUCUGGCGGACAAUGGCAUCUCACCCCCGGCGAACCAGACGUUCAACAUCGAAGUGCACUUUGCACCCUUGAUACGCGUGCGGAAUCAAAUGGCGUACGCACACAACGGUUCCACGGUGACGUUCGUCUGUGAGGUGGAAGCAUUCCCCGAGGCACUGAAGUACUGGGAACGCUAUCCCGGCGGGCGGCUGCUGGAGCAUGGCGAUAAAUUUCAGAUGGAAACCCAUUACGACGGCUACAAAUCCGUUAUGCGGUUGAACAUCACCAACAUCCGGCCGAACGAUUUCGGCGAGUAUCACUGCGCGGCGAAGAACGAGCUCGGCGUGACCGAGGCCGAGUUUCAUCUGAUGGAGCACUCGCCGUACAUCAUCCGGCCGCCGGGCUCGACCGACACCAACGUGUACGGCACCAAGCCACCGGAGAAGGAGUCGUACGAGGACAUCUGCGGACCGCCGACGACCUGCCCGGAGUGUCCGGAUCCGAGGGACCUCAAGUGCAAAGAUAACAUCGUGUCGAUGUACGAUCUGUUCUCUGGCAGUCUGGAAAUCAAACCCAUCGGAAAUGUCAGCUUCACCGGAUUACCCAACAGGACGACAGACUGUGUCCUGUACGCGGUCGGCAAACCGGUCUACCACAAGUACACCGAGCAGUCGUACGGCGCCUGGCUGAAGGAUCCGGCCGCCCGGAGCGAGGUGAUGGAGGGCAAAGUUUGGGCCACCAGGGAGAACGACACCCACCGGCUGUACGAGUUCGUCAACAAGACCACGUACCGGAACAAUGUCGCCACCAAGACGUACCGGCUGGAGCGCCCCUUCCGGGGCAACGCACACGUCGUCUACAACGGUUCGUUCUACUACAAUGAACGCAACUCGCCGCGAAUCAUCAAGUUCGACUUGAACGUGGAACGACAGACAGCAAUGAACGAGCUCGAGGGCGCCACGACGAACGGUUCCAAUUAUCUGUACACCACCGAAAUUAAUUACAUGGACUUCAACGUCGACGAUAAUGGGCUGUGGGUGAUUUACGGUACGCCAGAUUCGAACAACACAAUGGUUGCCAAGCUGAACGAAAAUAAUUUGACGGUGCAGUACGGCUGGAACAUUAGCGUGAACCAUCACAAGGUGGGCGAGAUGUUCAUCGUGUGCGGCGUCCUGUACGCGAUCGAUUCCGUCACCGAGCGGAACACCAAGAUUCGGCUCGCCCUCGACCUCUACCACAGCAAGCUGCUCGAAGUGAACCUCGUGUUUACGAACCCGUUCCGGAAGACGACCACCGUCGGAUAUAACUACAAAAGCAAGGAGCUGUACACAUGGGACAAGGGCAAUCAGUUGACCUACCCGAUCCGCUACCACGAGAUAGGAUACAACACGACCGCCACGGAGAAGACGGACGACACGCUCAACCCCCAGAUGCAGACCGGCUACGACAUCUACAACGACCACGACGCCGAGGCGGAGGACGUGCCCUAGGUUUGGCUCGCCCGAUCCCGGUGGAAGCUGUCAAAGGGACGCUUCAGGCGCUAGUUGCGUCCUGGCUGCGGUUUGAAGAUUUUCUUUUUCCCUUUCACAAUCCAUCUGGAACGGGCUUUCGUUGCGUUGCUUUAGGUGUGGGUGUGUGAUGGGGCCCGAUGCAAAUCUAUCCGAAAGAACAGUGUGUUGAUGGAAAAAAAAAACAUAAAUCGAAAUAAAUCCUUAAAGGACCUUCAUCCAUCAGCAAAUCCCUCUUUUCGUCGGUGUCGUACAUCCCCAACUCACACGAUGGCGUCGCUGAUAAACUCUAGCAGAUGGAAAUCCAAAGAAAACGAGAACAAAAAGCAAAUAAAAGAUGUAAAAAUGAAACAAUCGUGGGAGUCAGUCACACGCGUCCCAGUGUUUACAAGAUGAGGGGACAAAAAUGGCCAACACAUAUUUUUAAAUGUUCGUAUACACCUAACCAUAUACAGAUCAAAAGCAAAGUGAAAGGACUUAUGAUAUUAAAAACAAAUAGAAGAAAUCAAAGAGUAUCGACACAAUUCAGUGGGAUAAACCGAGAGAGUAAAAGAGAGAAAGAGAAAGAAAGAAAGAGAGGAUUAUGACUCAACAUUUUCUAGCAAAAGAAAAGUGGUGGAAAGUUUUACUAAUUGAAAAUGAAGCGUACAUGAAU